GCCUAUCUCUCUUCUUAAUCGGACAAGCUGCAUGUGGAUUCUGCCGAACUUUGAUUACCCGCCCUCGGUGACCGGAAAGCAUCUUCUUCUUACGUCUUGAUGUUAUUGAAAAUCACCUUCUGACUAUCUUCGCCCUGCCAUUAUGCAGGUCGCCCCCAAGGUCUCAUCUAAGCAUUGCGCCAUCUCUGCGCUUGCCAGCACGAGAGUGGACGUUGAACCUUUUCUCAUCAUUAUCCUAGACGCCUCCAAAGUCGGCCAUGGAGCUUCAGACAUGAUUUGCGGCAUUUCUGACAUACACAUGCAGCAAGCAACGGCGACGGCCCGUGCCCUAGAAAUGACCCCCGGGAACGAAGAACCGAACCUUAUGCGGGUACUAGUUGUAAAUCGAAGCACGACUUGCGGGCUCUGCGCACCUGCGAGGGUCAGCUCGCACCAGCCCUGCUGUGUAACAUGACCAUCAUUUACCAGCAAGCUCGCACGAGGCAGUUUUGAAGACGGUCACUUAGGUUUUCGACCAAGCCGCGACUCGCGCGAUGAGACUUUAGCAUCCUCGGAUCUGCUAGAGACCUCAAUUGCCCGUUGAGACUAGAUCUGCACCAGUUGUGCUUAGUGAAUGAAAUGCCAGCCUGGUCUCCUGCUCUUGCACAAUCAGUAUUGAUCUGACUGAGCACCAUUGAAUCAUUCAUUUGAGGAACUUUGAACUUUAUGUGACUUUCAGACAAGGCUGGCCAGGUUUCGUUCGCGUAACACGCUUGCUGUAUCAAACUAAAUGUUCGUCGGCUAUUGACGAAUAACUUUCUAGACAAAGCACUCGUGGCCGCUGUUCCUAGGAAAAUUCGAGUUGAGCUUGUUAAUAGGGAUGGAAAUGAAACUAAUGGAGAGUAGGAACAAUAAAAAUCCGCAUGGCCCUUUAGGUCCUUCCCUCAAGUGCAACAACGUCAAAAGUGGAGAUAAUGCAAUGAUUCAAGGCAGCUGCAUAAUUUCUCACUACUUCACUUGAGCCGAACAGUAACUAAAGCGCCCUAUCACUAUCAGAAAUGAAAAAAAAAACAGAGAUCGACAAGCUGCCGCUUGGGAACCACACAUUCUAUAAGGGAAGAAUGAAGCAGAACCUUUCCGUUUUGAGUCCCACCUGCAGCCUUUCUGUGUUUCGCGCUGUCUUAACUGGGUCCGAUUUGUGCAUGGAUGCGUGAUAUGUUGGUCGCUGUGUGGGAUACCUCUGGCUUGUCGCCACCAAUCUCACCGGCUGUGAAAACACUGACGGCGGGAGGAUUCCCGUCCCGCUGUGUAGCUAUUGAUCUAGGAUCUCCCGAGUUUGAGGCUGCGUUCGCAGACUCGUCUGUGGCUACUGAUAGGGAGAGUUAUGUUAAGCCAAGCAUUUCUUUUCAACCCUUAGCGAUUGAGCGGGAGAAUGAGAUGAUGAAGGCUUUGUUGCUCAUCAUUGGCAAAGGUACAACCGAAGUGGCCCGAAUUGCCGCGUGAUUUGACUUCGAACAAACAUGAGGAGAAUUCCAGUCCGCCGGGCCGGGUUCGUCGCGGAAUCCUAUCGGUGCGUCCGACGAAGCCCUAGGAUGGUCAAAUAUCUCAGCUAGGCGGUGGUUUGAGGGACGAUUUUUUAUUUCAAUGCGAAGUCCCUUGAAAAUAUGACGAGAGAAGGCAACGAAGUAGGCAUCGGAAUCGGGACUUCGUUUCGAGGAGGCUACUGCACUUGAAAGACGAGGAUGUCAACAGAUUCCAUCGCUGAAGGUAGCCGUCACUUCGUCCAAAAGCCUCUCCGU